CUAUCGCGUUGCCUGGCCGUGGCGCUAGGACCCAGGCCGCUCGGCAGCAACCCUGGCGGCGGCGGGACUGGAAUCGCUCCCCCCCCUGAUUCCAAGCUUAACUUCCCGAGCUGACGUCAGCUGGCAGCCUUGGCAGUACUCGCCGCUCCGGACAUAGCGCUGAGAAAAAUGCUGCUCUCCGUCCCGCCAAGGACUGGAAUCAAUCCAUACAACGGCUACAACAACAGAAACAGUAAAAAGCAGGCCUAUGUGUCCUCCAGCCACCAGAUGGCGCCGCCUAGUCCCAACACCAACAGUAGCAGCACCAGCAGCGCUGGUGGAGGGGAACAGCUGAGCAAGACCAACCUCUACAUCCGUGGCCUUCACCCCGGCACCACUGACCAGGACCUGGUCAAACUCUGCCAACCGUAUGGAAAGAUUGUAUCCACCAAGGCCAUCCUGGAUAAAACCACCAAUAAAUGCAAAGGUUAUGGCUUUGUUGACUUUGACAGCCCAGCGGCAGCACAGAAAGCAGUGACUGCCCUGAAAGCCAGUGGCGUGCAGGCACAGAUGGCCAAGCAACAGGAGCAGGACCCCACUAACCUGUACAUCUCCAACCUGCCCGUGUCCAUGGACGAGCAGGAGCUGGAGGCCAUGCUCAAGUCCUUCGGGCAGGUCAUCUCCACACGGAUCCUGCGUGACGCCAACGGCACCAGCCGUGGAGUGGGUUUUGCCAGGAUGGAGUCAACAGAAAAAUGUGAGGCCAUAAUUCAGCAUUUUAACGGCAAAUACAUCAAAACUCCUCCCGGAGUACCAGUACCCACGGAACCCUUGCUGUGCAAGUUUGCAGACGGGGGGCAGAAAAAGCGCCAGAACCAGGGAAAGUACCUGCAGAACGGGCGGCCCUGGGCGAGAGAGAGCGAAGCGGGCGGGAUGACGCUGACGUAUGACCCUACGGCCUUACAGAAUGGGUUCUACUCACCUCCUUACAGCAUUGCACCAAACCGAAUGAUUGCUCAGACCUCCCUGUCUCCGUAUAUGCACUCUCCUGUCUCAUCUUACCAGGUGCACAGUCCCUCCUGGAUGCAUCACCAGUCAUACCUCAUGCAGCCAGCAGGGGCGGUGUUGACUCCAGCGAUGGACCAUCCCAUGUCCAUCCAGCCCACCUCCAUGAUGGGCCCUCUUACUCAGCAGCUCAGCCACCUGUCAAUGGGCAGCACGGGCACGUACAUGCCUGCAAACACAACUAUGCAAGGGACCUACAUCCCUCAGUACACCCCAGUGCCUCCCUCUAGUGUUCCUGUAGAGGAAAAUGGUGGACAACAACAACAACAGGUUGCCAUGGAGACACCCACAGAACAUACAAACUACUCCUACCAACACACCAAGUGAAUCCCCAGGAGUGCUACAACAGGGGUGUUUGAGAGAGAGCAGAAAGCAUUAAGUACAUAGGAUCUCUCCUUGAGGCCAUCCAUUUUCCACAGGAAAGAAAACAUCUUGUCAAGAAAAAAUGAAAAAGAAACACCUUUUUUAUUAAGAAAAGAAAGACAAAGGACAGCCAUCAACCUUUGCUGGGCUUUUUUCUCUCUUCUAGGGUCACUCAACCAAAGGUGGGAGAUUUUUGCGACGGAGCUUUACUCUAUUUUGAUAACAAACCUACAAAACUAAAGAAAAAGAGGCUGUUUAAUUCAGAACAGGGGGAAAUUGCAAAAUUAUUAUUUUUAUGCAUGUUAUAAAAAAUCUUAUUUUUAAAAGAGUCAUUCUGGAGUACUAGAAUGAGACAAGAUAAGAAAGUUACAACACAAUGUGUCUUUUAUUUUUUUGUAAUAUAUGCAAACUUUUAUUUUUAAUUUUUAUUUGUUUUUUGUUUUUCAAUCAGCAGCCGUAAAAUAUUUUUGUACAGUUUCAAAAACUCAAACAAUGCUUUCUGUUUGUCAUAUUUUUUCAUGAGUAGUUUUGACAUGAUAAUUACUGUUGUAGUUGAAGGCAGGCCAAAAACCAUUUAAAGCUACUUGUUCCUGUUCAUUCAUGCUGCUGAGAAAUCAAGCUUGGCAUGAAGUCUUAUUUUUUUAAGGGCAUCAGACAAUCAGAGAUAUUUUUUACUAUUUAUUUGUAGCUGUAGGUCUAAAUUAGUGCAUACUAAUACAAUUUCAUACAUUGAACAUUUUAAUUUAAUUUAAUACGAUCUCUGACCUAUUUAACUUCAUCAUUCAAAAUGAUUAACAAAUUACUUUUUUUCAUUAUUAUUCAUGCUGAGAGCAUUUCAUAGGCAUAUAGUUUCUGUAGUGGAGAGGUUAAAGGAAGAAUACACUUACAGCUAAGUACAGUAGAAGACUUAGAUACAAAAAAAAUCUCUAUUUUAACCUGUACAUUGACCAUUAAACUUUGAAAGCGAAAGUAGUAAUUUCACCUGUCUUGCUACCUGAGAGCAGCAAACAUGGUUGAAAAGGUUUCACAUUAUUAUACACACUGUUCUUUCACGUCUUCACUUGGCACUACUCUAUCUUCUCAUGGUGUGUCCUGGCAUCCAUGUUUUUCAAAACCGAGGUUGGGCUAUCCUCCCAAGUAUGAGUAGCUUUAAGUGGUUUUUCAUUUUGUGGCUACUUAGAUAUUGUUUUAAACAUUUUAGUAACACCUUAUGAAACCCUCACGAUACUUACGAAUGACUUCAGGUGGCAGUUUGAGACAUGGCUGUUCCAGGUUUGGGUGAAGUGGCUCCACUUUGAUUCCUGCAUAAAGUUUUCCAGUUUAGAAGAACACAAGAUAUAUGACCGUUUUAUGCUAUUAUACCUCAGAGCAUUCAGAUAGAGCUCUCAAGCCGAAUCCGAAGUUAUCCAGCAUUAGAAUUCAGAUUCAGAACAUACUUCAGUGAAGAAUUUAGCAUUCUUCCAAUUUCAACUAUAGUUUGUGGACCUUGUUACAUGUUAACUAUAUAUUUAAGUACAAUGUAACACACUCACUAUCAAUGUGUAAUUAUGUUUAGAGUUGUUCUUGUCAAAUUUGCUUACAUAACCCUAAUCUCAAAUUUAGUUUUAUGCAAGUCCCCCGAAUCAGUGUUACAAGUCAGUCCUCAGUAUGUUACAAUGUACUUAAAUAUGUAGUUCCAUCUGAAGAGGGCUGUGUAACUUGUUUUUCUGCCUUGUUUGUGGCUGUGAGGGGUUUGUUCCUAUCGUGAGGGUCAUAUUCUGGUCAUUUUUGUUUUUGUACAGAUAUGAAAAUUAGCUUUAGAUUUGGGUGGGGUUUUUGUUUAUGUUGAAAAAAGGAAUGACAGAGCUCAGCAAAAAAAAGAUUUAAAAAUGUUAAAAAGUGUAUAAAAAACAGAACAGAAGAGAUGAGGUUUGAAACAGAAGACCCAGAUAUUUUUUCUUUGUUAAGGUUGUGCGUGAGUGAUUUUUAUCUUUUUCUCAAUGCUGCUGUUUUAAUCAGAUUUUUAUUCCUGUCUUUUAGAUAAUUUUUUGUUAGUUUCCUAAAAAUGGUUGUUUUGCUUUCUUUUUUCACCUGAAUCCUCUCACUUACAAUGUCUUUCAGGCAAAACCUUCCUUUUGAUGAAUUUCUUAUAGUUGACGUAGAUGAUCUUUUUUUUAGUUGUAGGACCCUUUUCACGAGUGUAAGUAGUGUUGUUACUCUCUCCAGAGAUUCAUAGGAUUUUUGUGUAAAAUGUGUUUUGAGUCUGUGAGUUUGUACACUGUCCAUGCAAACCUAGACAUGCUUUUAUGAUUUUUGUUUAAAAAAAAAAUUCCAUGUCCUGUCUGUGUCUCUUUGCACUGUUUAUUUCUUUUUAUUUUAUUUUAUUUCCAGCCAAGCACUACAGGCAUUCAGAUGACACAAAAACCCAAUGAAGAACGCAUUUGACUGACCAACAGAAUUCAAAACGUAUGCUCUCGUUGAGGCCUCAACAUUUUUCAACCAAUAGCUAGUACUGCAGAUAUAGUACUGAAGGGGCUUUAGUGUGUCUUGAAUGGCAGUUCUUGAUACAGGUGACAUUGCCAAUUAUCAAGAUUCAUUCAAGAUUAAACAUACCAAGCAGUAAACACUUCAGAUCACCGAAAUAACACUUGAUGUUUUAAUGGAAGUGGACCUGGAUCCAUCAAAGCAUGGUGUUAUUAAGCACCUCAGUUUAUAUCAUUCAUAGACACUAAACAUAGAGUAUAGUACUUUCAUUCAUAUUCAAAUGGAAAGAAAACACAAUUUGAUUGUAAAAAAAAUGUUGUGUUUUUAUGCAUAACACAGGAUAUCGGCCACAACAUAACAUAGGGUGACAUUGGCCUGCUGCAAUGUCCUUCAUACAUCCCACAUAGUGUAUCUGAAAUCUUGGUCAGACAAAUGCAUUUUCCAAGGGUUUGUCUCUCUAUUCUCCUCAUGCAUUCUCCAAAACAAGUUUGUUUUCUCUAUAAUGUCUGCAACCAAAGAUGACAAAGCCAUCUACCAGUUGAACAAGCUGUCUAAAAUUCUCUGUUAUUCACCCCUUAUUGGAACAAUCCAAAUGAAAACAAUGUUCCUUAUUACCCUCUGACCUCUUAUAAGCAAUAUUCACUUUCAGGGAUAGUUUUGUCGCUGGUGUGGACUUCAUGUUUAUUUGAAAAGGAAAAAAAAAAAGCAAUGAUUCACAUAGAAUAUUCAUGAAUCAUGUGUAUUAUGCCAUCAGCUUGAGGUCAUAAUACUUAAUACUUAAACUACAUAAUUGGCUUUACUUAAAUUGGCAGCAACAUUUUUAAUAUUAUUAUUUCUGUACAUAUUUGGCCUUUCCUUGAUGCUUGGUAGUUUAUAGGACCUUUUUGAUGGUUUUCAGUGGCUUGUUGAAUUUAAUUGAUGUGACUGUUUGAUUUCAUUGUGUUUUCUUUUGAAUUGUUUCUUGUCUGAUUGUCUGUUUUUGUUAUCUUGUUCUGUCCAGAUGUAGUUAAACUAUGUACAGUUUAUUCACAUCAUGAACACCUCAUGAAGGAAAGAGCAUCUGUUUUGGUUUUUGACUUGCAUGGCAAAAGCAAAAAU